AUGAGAAGAAGCGGGCGAGCUCCAGCAACUAUUAUCCACUUCGCUCGCAUUACUCCCGCGCACUCGCAAAACGCGGACUGGACUCGUCCCCGGGCUGCAGUCGCCGCCGCCCGCCCGCCCCGGCUCAGCCUCGCGGGGCCCAGCCGGGCUGGGACUAAGGCUGGGGCCAGGGCCGGGGCGGCUCGGCGGCGGUCCGGAGCGCGGCGGCGUGGGGCGGCCGGAACCUGCACUUUCCCCCCGGGCCGCUGUCUCCUUGCCAACCGGGCGUUCGCGUGUUUGUUUUCACGUCUAAAAGGAACGAUACAAAGGUGGAAAACGAGUCUGACGAGCAGACAAAAGAGGGAGAAGGGCCGGAGAACAAAGUUGUCUGUUGGCCUCAGAGGUUACAAGGAGCCGACGGAGAAAGAAAAUAUUUAGGCAAUCUGUGCAAAAGCACGGUCUCUCCCAGGAGUUAUGUAAUUCUCAGAACGUUUGCCUCUGCCUUGAUUUCGGGCCAUCGGCGUAAUUCCCACAACUUCUUCCAACUGCAGAAUUAGUAAAGAUUUGAAAUGAAAGUUAGCCCCGGUCAGAGAGCCCUGUGCUUUGUACACAGCAGGUACUUAAUAAAUGUUUAUCACUCGUUCCAAAGAGAAUGUUUACAUAACUCUUUCUGAAGACACCUUAAACACGUAUUAGGCUUGUCAAGGAAAACUCCAAGUAUUCCCAAAGGAGCAUUUUUCUUAUUAUGUGCACUUAGAUGUCCUCUCUCGAGUAUGUACAGAGGUGUUUUCUGCUCCAACUUCCACAGGAAAAUUUAACUCUUGGUGCCAGAACAGCGACAGCUAUGGGUUAGCUUGUAUCUUCAUAAAUCUGCAUGACACCUUUCAUCCUAUUUCAGAGCUGCAUGUACACAGUUAACCCUCUUGAUAUACAUUCAAAGAAAUGUGAAACAAAACAAAAAUAUUAUAAACAUUAUAUUGAAUAAAUGUAACCAAUAAUAAUGUAAAACAGUCUAAUCCUAAAGUAGAAACGUUCCAUACUUUGUUCUCUUAAAAACUGGUGUCUAUCAUUUUACAAUGUUUUAAACGUUUGCAUUGUUACUAGUGUUUUAAAUAUUUGCAUUGUUAUUAAUCAUUUAGUAACAUUUUGAAAAGCAAGACUUCUUAAUCUUAGGCAAUGGCCCACUUGUACCAGUGCGGACUCAGUUUUCACGGAGAGAAAGCAUUUAAAAGCUGGCAGAAACAAUAUUUAAGGUUUUGUUAGGGCAUAGUUUUCCAAAAUUAUUUCAUUCUUCAGCUUUCCAUAAAAACUAUUUUGAUUCAUU